AUGGGAUAUACUGGGUUUGUUUGGUUUGGUUUGGUGUGGAUCAUAUUUGGUGGGUCUAACGAAAUGUUUCGUAUGCAGCCAACACUAUGCUAUCGGAAAGAGUUUGAAGAAAAUACGAUAUCCAAUGAUUGUGACAAAGAAGGGUGGCUAGAAAGUCUUUCCAAGUCAUACCGUUCUGAUGAUCACCGUGGAACGUUUCUCAGGAAACUUCAUGAUCGUCUACUAAGGAGGCCAUGCCCACAUCCAAUGUCAACAAGCCACUCUCAGGGUAACCUUGAAAACUCACCGUUUAUGGUCAAGCAUCAACCUAUUCGGGCCCUACUUAUGUCACCUAAGGAUUUGGCGAAUCCUUAUCCUAGGCCGCAUCGUAAGCUUGCGGAGACAUCCGGUGCCGGUGGUUCGUUACUUAUAAUCGUGGUAUUGGCAACGGUGGUGACAACAUUGGGCAUUUUCGCAAUGUUCUUGUUUUGUUGUGUUGGACGUGAUGCCUUUAAACCGGCAAAUGGUCACGAGGCUUCGAAAAAUGGUCACGAGGCUUCGGCAAAUGGUCAAGAGGACAAUAAACCUCUUGUCAACUUACGCCCGAAGGGAAAGAAAGGAAAAUUAGGUCAUUCAUUUGUCUUAUUUAAUGUUAUCAUCGUACAUCUCGAUUUUGGUUUGUUGGUUGCAUCAUCUUCUUUGCGAAAAUCAUUGAGAGGACUAUCGAUUCGUGCUUCCAACGCCAACAAGAGUCCUUCAAAAGCCGCACCUUUACCGCUCCAGUCAAAGAAAGAAUCACCGCCGCCACCAACCCCAACGCCGCCACCCACCCCACCGCCAACUAGUCCACGAGCAACCUCAUCACCACCAGCUCCAGCAGCUCCACCACCACCACCACCACCUAUACCCUCUGCUCCGAAACUGCCACCACCACCACCACCGAAGCCUGGUCUCCCACCUCCACCAAACCCAAGUAAUAUGAAAAAACCACCUGCACCCGGUAAUCAAAAAGAUACCACCGUUAAGGAGGAAAACAAACAAGCUGGAGAAUCCGAUGGCACCCAAACGAAGUUAAAGCCUCUCUUUUGGGACAAGGUGAACGCUGUUCAGAACCGUUCAAUGGUUUGGCACCAUCUUAAAGAUGGAUCAUUCAAGGUUGAUGAGGAGAUGAUGGUCGGUCUUUUUGGUUAUGUGGCUGCUCAAAACAAGAAAGAGCGUGGGAAGAUCGAUUCAAACUUACAAGCUCAACCCAAGUUGAUUCAGAUCCUCGACGCAAAGAAAGCUCAGAAUCUGGCGAUUCUUCUAAAAGCAUUGAAUGUGACAACCGAAGAAGUAUGUGAUGCGGUUAAGAAAGGCACCCAACUUCCGGUCGAGCUUAUUUCAACUUUGUUGAAAAUGGCACCGAGUCAAGAAGAAGAACUAAGACUUCGGUUAUAUUGUGGAGACGUUAACCAACUUGGCCCUUCAGAACGUUUCCUAAAGAACUUGGUUGAGAUCCCGUUUGCAUUCAAACGUCUUGAGGUUUUGUUGUUUAUGAGUUCCCUUCAUGAAGAUUACAAUAUGGCUAAAGAGUCGUUUGCGACUUUGGAGGUAGCUUGCAACAAGCUUAGAAGCAGCAGACUCUUCUUGAGGCUUCUAGAAGCGGUUCUCAAGACGGGAAAUCGAAUGAAUGAUGGUACAUACCGUGGUGGGGCUCAAGCGUUCAAGCUCGACACGCUUUUGAAACUCUCGGAUGUCAAAGGGACGGAUGGAAAAACGACGCUCUUAUCAUUUGUGGUUCGAGAAAUUAUCCGGUAUGAAGGAAUCAAAGUGGCUCGGAACCGAAAUCCUUCGACCGAUAAAACCGAGGACCCGAAUGAGGAAACACCGGAAUCUCUCGAAUCACUCGGCUUAGAGGUUGUUUCCAAGUUGAGCGAGGAGCUUAAUGACGUGAAAAAAGCGGCACUUGUCGACGGCGAGAAUCUAACGGCCACGGUUUCUAAAUUGGGAAAUAUGUUGAAGAAAACGAAAGAAUUUAUGAACGAAGAUAUGAAAACCGCGGAAGCAGCUACUGAAUUCAAGGAUGCCAUCACAAGGUUUCUCGAGUAUGCGGAAGCUGAUAUCACAUGGAUGAUCGAAGAAGAUAAACGGAUAAUGUCGUUGGUGAAGAGCACUGGCGAUUAUUUCCACGGGAAAUCGGGAAAAGACGAGGGGCUACGGUUGUUUGCGAUAGUUCGGGAUUUCUUGAAAUUGUUGGAUAAUACAUGUAACGAAGUGCGGAAAAAGUUGGCGAUACAAAUGAGACAUAAUCAAAAGGAGGCUGAGCAGUCAUCAGCACGAAACGGGUCAGAGGAAAAAGGCCGAAAACGGGCUUGGCAAAACACGCGUUAUAAGAUAUUGAUCAUGAGAGACGCGAUGAGAGUGAUACUCGAAUCGAUUUACAAUGAUGACGCCGACCAUGAGACAUCUCGAAUGUCGUCGCUUUCGAAAGAAAUCCGUCACCGGUCAUUAACGAACGGAAAGGAUGGUGAAACGAGGUACGAUCCAGAGGAGGAAGGACGAGCGCCAACGCCGCCACCAUUGCCGCCGCCGCCUGAAGAAGGCCGAAAAAGGUUUCUGUUGCCAAACAUUCGUGACAAACUAGCGCUGCUGACCCUCAACAACCAGCGAACGGAUGAUUCAGAUGGAGAUUCAGAUGAAUGGAGCUCGGAUGGCGAGGAGAACGAGGCACAACGCUCACGGACACCAUCUGAUCGUGAUGAAGCAGGUGAAGGGGUUUGGCCAAACAAGCAAGCCGAUGAUCCGGAUUCGUAUUUAAAUGGGUGGAAUUCAGAGGAUGGAGAAAUGAAGCGAGAUGAAACGGAAACAAGCCAAACGAGGUUGUCGUUGUCAUCUGAGGCUAACGAUGACGAUCAACUACUGCCGGCGACCAUGGAAGACGAUUCAAAUGGCGGUGGUUGGAAUUCAGAGGAUGAUUUGAGACGAAAUGAUGCAUAA